UUUACAUGGUUAGCAUUUCUGUUCCCUGUCUAAGCUAACAGCUCACAAGCUAACAGUUAACACGCAGGUGGAUGUUUUCCCGGUCAGGUUUAUCUAUAAUUCUUAUACGGUUAUCUGAAUCUGUUCAGUCGUUCAAAGCUGUGACGUUAAACCGUUUAUCUGACAUCGUCCCGGUGCUCAGCCGCCCGUUAACCGUCCUCUCCCGGUGCAGACUGCCUCCUCUGCCCGGUGCUCACCGGUUAGCAAGUUCCUCCAGAAACAGACCAAUGCCCAAAAAAGAGAAAGCGGUGAAAGGACGGCCGGCUGCCAGUGUAGCAGCAGAGGCAGAAGCUUCCUGUCCAGUGGCUCGAGACAAAAGUGGAGCCGUCACCAUAACGGUGCACGCCAAGCCCGGCUCUAAACACAGCGGCAUCACAGAGGUUUCUGCGGAGGCGGUGGGAGUUGCCAUCGCAGCCCCUCCAACAGACGGAGAAGCGAACACUGAGCUUAUACGCUUCCUGGCUGAAGUUCUGGAGCUGAAGAAAAGUCACAUCUCUCUUGACAAGGGCUCCAGGUCCAGAGACAAACUCAUCAGAGUGGACUCCUCUCUUAGUCCGGAGGAGGUGUUGAGGAGGCUUAGACAGGCUGCAGGCUGACAGGAGGGACGGGGGAGGUGAAUGGAGGCUGACACAUGCUGCAGGGCCACACACAGGAGGACAGAGGAUGGAGGAGGUUCUUAUCUCGUUCAUUUCACCUGCAAAACAAUGUGAAGAGUUUCAGUGUAAAAACAAAUUUAUGGAAAUUAAAAAUAAUACAGGACCUGUAUGUCUUAUUUCAUUUUCUUUUAUCACAUUCACAUAAGCCUUCACAGCUGGACCAGUAUGGCUACUGGGAAACCUGGAGAAAGCACAACAUCACCAUGGAAAUAGACUGAUCCACCAGUGAGCAGGAAGCGUUUCCAGUGCUGGAGAGAUGUGACUGGAUAUGAUGUUUAUAUGUUGAGAUGUCUGGAAUGACUCAUGUUUGUGAUAUUUAUUUAAAUGACUUGGCUUUAAAUAAACAGACUGUGAAUCUGUGUGAUUAAA